GAAAAACUAUUUGGACUCAGCACCAUUCUCAUCCUGUUGAGAAAUUGGUUAAAUUCCUUAAUCAUACGGCGAGCAUACAAAAACCCUUAUCAGUGACCAUUGAUUUGAUAAGAUUUCAUAGAUUCGUUGAAAGUAAAACAAAGUAUAGUGCACCUGCAUUUCCAGGGUCCAAAAGGUAUGCUGCACUUCCGGUCAAGUUCAUAAUGUUCCUUCGAUUCUUUGUCCCAAACGUGAAACUUUAAUAGUAUGUCAUCUAAGUUUGUUUUGUACUUGUAUUUUUUCUUGGUGUACGAAUCAUAUUGUUUAUCAUUCUCAAACAGAUAAAUAAAUGACAUUUGAGCGAAACAAAUCACUGCAACGGUGAAACAGUUCUGUCCCCACUAAAUUGGAAGUAAUUGAGGACUGCAAGAGAAGACAUGAAGUUUUCGACAGCACUUUGGUGGGUUUUUUCGAUCGGCCUAUCCUUUUCUUACGCACGAGUAGAGUGGAUUUCAGCGACCAAUUUGGACACAAAUGACGAUACAUUGUACGAGUCGAUUGCGUCACUGGCAGACGUACAAAAUACAGAAAAAAACUCAAAUUCAAAAUCUUACGCACCGGACAAAAGUGAAUCUAGAAUGCAACAUCAUUCAAUAGGUCUCGUCCCAUCAAGCUCAGAGUUCUCCAUCAUCCGGAACAGCAGAGCUUUCGUUGACAAGACACUUUUCCUCCACGAGUGGCUGACCCACCGGCCAAAGCACUGGUAUGUAACAGCACCUCCUGGUUUCGGCAAGUCAUCCCUGGCGAAAAUGGCCGUCCAGUUUUUGAACGCCUCUUUCGACAUUAUCAACGGAGUAGAGAAGUUCCACGAAAAAAAUAAGACCGUGGCGUAUGAACUUUUUAAAGGCACCAAAAUCUUUGAAAUGGAAGAAUUUUUUAACAAACACUUCCAGAACUAUUCUGUUAUAUACGUUGAUUUGACUCCUUUGAGCAACACCACGGAAGCUAUCUUUCGGAAAGAUGAUGACUUUCAUACGCAAGACUUCCACGAGUACUUCAAGAUGGUAAUAAAGAACAUGGUGAGCUAUUAUCCAUCCCUCCUCGUCCACCAGAACUUAACAUAUCCCGAGAGAAAAAGCUUAAGAGAGUAUCUUGAACAAGGAAUGGAGAUAAGCAAUCCACGCCCGGCUUUGUUCUGGAAUAGCGUGUCAUUCUUGAGGAACCUCCUCAAGAGAUGCCUGAAGAAAGAUGUCGUCGUGAUCAUGGAUUCCUAUGACGCAUUAUGCAAACCUAGUAUGAUCGGAACAUUUGCAAAAGUAUUGAGGCCCUACUUAGCCUCCUACAUCAUUAAUUUAAAUAAAAUGAUAGUGCAACACAUACCAACAAUAACACUGUAUUUCGGAUCGAUUAACACCGUUGAACUGAUGCUUAUGAAACCUUCUAAUUUAAGCAAUUCGAAAUCGCCGGAUAUCUUGCAUACGGCCUUCUCAACCGAUGAACACAUUGCCAAGUACUUUGGACUAUCUCGACGAGAAGUUGCAGACAUUUUGGUGAAGUUUUCAAUGGAAGAUCACCUCCAAAAAGUCAAUAGCCUCUUGAAUGGGCAUGCAAUUUUACGGACAAAUCUCACUCUGUUUAAUACUAAACAUGUCCUCUCAUACAUCGAGAAUAGGAAUUCCUCACCCAGUGCCUUUUUUAUGCCAUUCACUGACGAGAUUCUUCAUCACUAUGAAAAAUUAUUCACGUGUGAGUGGCUCUGUAAUGUUGUGUCUCAGUGUAUUUACGAAGAUAACACUGAAAUCAUGCUGUCACCUGUGUUAGUGAUGAGCUUUGCAACCUUUACAAGACUGAGCAUUGCGAAGGAUAAUAUUACAGGACCCCACGGUAGAGAAAACCUAAGUCUAGAGAGAACUACUUCAUUCAUUAAAAUUCUACAGUUUUUAGGUUUAAUAUCCGCUGUAUAUGAAACGCACAAUGUCUACGAUUUUAGAGUCUCCAGUCAAAGUGAUGCUGAACUUUUGAAUAAGUACUUGUACAGCAGUAAUAGCAUGCAGAAGCUCUUUAGAGUUAGCGCAGAAGAUGAAUUGGCAAUCAUCCGUGCAUUGAAAGGUCUCUCACCAAAUGAUCCUUCAAUAUAUUUUUUGGGCGAAGCUAUCCAAAACAUUGUCAGGAUAAGAGCCCCUGACGCUGAAUAUCAAGUGAAGUCUUUGAUUUACGUGUGUUCGAGAAAAGUUGCUACUCAGCACAAUGAAGAGUUUGCAAUGGAGGCAGGCAUUGUAGCCCCAACGACGAACAAUUUAACAUUGCAGGGGAGUUAUAGACCUAGCGAGAGGAUUGACUUAAUUUUGAUCCUGAAGAAAAAGAGAAUGGGUGUCAUUCUGACAUCCAAAUUUGAUGCCAACGUGACGGCUGUUUUAAAAGAAAUGGGUGAUCGUAGAUACGUCGAAGUACUCGAUUCAGAUUCUCGCUUUUCAGAGUUCAACAUUAAAGACAAGAUGUUGAUAGGAAUAUCUGUGUCACGGAAUAAAUCUGUUGAAAUCGCAGCGGAGGUGUGGAACCAAAACGGAAAAACCACUUUGCAACACGUUAUAAUAAACAAUGUAAGUCAGUGAUAAUUUGAACUUUGUGGCUUCAUCGCUCCAAGCUUUUUUAGAAAAUAUUUCAAAAAAUUAAUCUGUACUUUUACAUCUGAUUUACACAUUUUGUACAAAUAUAUAUUUAAUUUUAUAUUUUUUUUUAUAAAUUUGACUUUUUUCAGAAUCUUUUCUCUGAAGAAAAUGUUAGUUUUAGGCAUAUUUAAUUUAACUAAAAACAACUGUCACUGA